UUGGAUAGAAUCUUGGUAAAGUGGCUUGGUACACAAAGAAACUUUGAGGUCACAGGGCAAUGGCAUUUAACACAACCUCAAAAGAAAAAGAAUAAAGGUGGUAAACACCAAUAUUGUGACAUAGUGAUAAUGGGACCUGAUAGUUCUUCUCAGCCAAUAGUUAUUCUUGAGCUUUUAGCAACUGGAACACAAAAUAAUCUUGAUGAGUAUUAUGAACAAGCACUUAAAUAUACAAAAGAACUUGGCAGACAUGUUGAGAAAACAUCUAAUUAUAUAGAAAACUGCCCUACAAUUGAAACCUGGGUGAUUAAUUUCACAUGUGCUGAUAAUGCUACUUUGUCUCCUUACUGGCCAUCACUCUCACAACUGAAGCAAGGUCUUCAUGUUGUACAUUUCUGGCAUAAUCUUCAAUUUACAGAUGUGUGGAUGAGUGCAUAUUGGUAUGAAAAUG